CACUGGGUCGUAUUUUCCGCGAAUGCUGAAACAGAUCAGCUAUAUAAUCAGUGUAAUCGCGCGCGUAGGGAGGGAAACGUAGCGCUUAUCAACCGAAGAUAAAAUCAGUAUUAGACACAAGGUUCAGCGUUUGGCAAACACUCCAGUGCUGACUUUGCUCAUCGUUUCACAGGUCGCGACUUCUUCACAAAGCAUAAAGUAUGGAACAGAAUAGGCAAGUUAUGCUUGUGGUUUCUCUGCUUGCAAUCUGCAGCUUGUUGUCUCUCGGCGACACCAGAAGUCUGGGAUCUUUAAAGCAUAAAAUAGUAAAGAGAUCUCUUUAUGGGGAGACAUGUCCACCGCCAUAUAUCAUGGAAGUGUCAGAACAAUGUAAUGACUCUUGUUUGGGAGAUGACUACUGUGUUGGAAAUAAAAUGUGUUGUUAUGAUGGCUGCUCCUAUGUUUGCAUGGAUCCCGUACCCUCAGAACCAGUUGUUGACUGGAUUGACGACGGUAGUUUUUCAGAACUCAAUGUAAAUGCAGAAUUAGAGAUUGUGACGCCUGUCUUGGAAGAAUCAGGAUGUGUUUAUCGUGGCAUGGUGUUAAAUGAAGGAGAAAAAAUCCCUUUUGGCUGCAAAGAAUGCUCUUGCUUCAAUGGGAAUGUGAUGUGUGAUGUAUCAAAGUGCAACAAAGAUUACCAAGCCCGUCUCCAUCCCGGUGGCUCGGGGUCUGGUGACGAUAACGAUGACGAUGACGAUGACGAUGACGAUGACGAUGACGACGACGAUGAUAACGACAUAAAAGGCGAAGGGUCUGGGGCAGUCGUCGAUGGCGUAGAACAGAAAGAAAUUUUCAUACCUAUUGAAGAAUUGGAACGUAGAGAGAAAGAGGGCUUAAUUACCUCACAAGCAGAAAUCAGCGGUGACGAAUCGAGCGAUGACGAAUCGAACGGUGAUGAAUCGAGCGGUGACGAAGCGAGCGAUGAUGAAUCGAGCGAUGACGAAUCGAGCGAUGACGAAUCGAGCGAUGACGAAUCGAGCGAUGACGAAUCGAGCGAUGACAAAUCGAGCGAUGACGAAUCGAGCGAUGACGAAUCGAGCGGUGACGAAUCGCACAAUGAAUUAGAAAGUGACAAUUUCAUUCCAGUUGACGAGGAAAGAACCUCUGAACAAAGCGGCGAAAAUGAAGUUUCAUUUGCGAGGCUCUAGUAAGACCAUGUAAGGUAACGGCAUGUCACGCACCACACUAAACAUAACGUGGGGCGUGUCGACUCAUUAAUCGUUCAGAGGAGUGCGCGACCUCUCCGUCACGCAAUACUACGGCCAACAUGACUUCUACUGACAGUUCUAUAAAUCAACAUCUGUAACCAAGAAGUAGAGAAACAUAGGUUACGUAUGUCACGCCAUGUAAAUAGUGAGACAACGUAAAAGUUUUGUUCAAGUGAAAAUAUAUUUUCUCAGAAGCUGAGUUUACACAGGG